AUGCAAAAUUUAGAAAAUGACUUAGUUUUAUCAUCGGAAGAAUCGGAUGAAGAGGAGGAAGAUUUAGAAAUAGAGGAGGAUAGACAAAGGGAAUAUGAGAAGGAAUUAAAACAGAUUGAAAAAUUGGAAAUGUAUAGAAAAAUUAGAUCGGUAAGAAUAGAUGUGAAAGAAAGAGUGGAGAUAAGAAAAUUAGUGCAUGUGUUGAGUGCAAAGUUAGGAAAGGUUGGAGCUAUAGAACAAAUCUGCUUCAGACCAGGAAAUAUAGCGGAGAUAACACUAACAACAAUGGAAGACAAGGAAAUAUUAAUAGGAGAAGAGAUAAUGAUUAAAGAAAAGAAAUGUUUAAUAGAAAGUUUAGAGGCUGAACUGCUAAACAUAACUCUCAAAUAUGUUCCGGGAGAGUAUAACGAAUUUUUGAUUAAGAAAGUCAUGAUGAAUUAUGGAAAGGUAAUAAAAAUAAACCCCAAAUAUCAUCCGGGGGAGCCGAAAAUAAAAAAUGGAACAUUUACAGUGAUAAUAGAAACAAAGAAGAGAGUGCCGAAUUUUAUUGAGAUUUUUGGAAAGCAGAUACAAACUUUCUACCCUGGGAUGAAAGAACAGUGUAGAAAGUGUGGAAGUUUUGAACAUAAAGCAAGGGAAUGUGUAAUAAAAACAUGUCAUAGAUGCGGCGAAAGCACACAUCUAAUAAAAGACUGUAUAAAAUGUCCAAAAUGUUUGAAAGAACAUAAAGGAGAGUGCAGAAAGUUAACUUUCUCAGAAAUUGUAAAAAGAGGAUUUCCAAAAACUGUUAAGAAAAUAAACAGAAAAGAAACAGAUAAGAAACAGGAAAAUGAAAAUACAGAACAAAAGGAAAAUCAGAUGGAAAUCAAAACAGAUACAAAACAACAACAAAAAGAAAAUGAGGAAGAACAACAGGAAGAGGAAAUCAAAACAAUAGAAAAUACAUUAACGAAAUUGGAAGAGAAAAAUGCAGAGGAUAAAAAAGAAGAGAAUAAUGAUGAGGAAGAAGUGCAACAGGAAAUUAUAGAAGAUGAGAAGAAACAGAAAGAGAAGCUACAAGAAAUGACGCAAGAAGAGAGAGAGGAAGGGAUGGAAAUAGAGAGACUAAGUAGAAAACGAACNCCCCCCCCCCCUUUUCCUUCCCCCCCGUCCCCCCCCUUUUUGGGACUCGUAACCCGAAUCCCUCCCAGUCUUCUUCUUCGUCUCCCUCCCACCACCCCUCUCAUUUGA